AUGCGUCAGGGCCUAUACGCCUUGGGUUCCAAUGGCCAUGGCCAGCUAGGAAAUGGACACAUGGACGACACGGCCGAAGUACAUACUGUGGUCGGACCACAGGGGCUGAUUACAGAGCGACCCAUAGCUCUCGAGUUUGGCGGGACUCACUCCAUUCUCCUGAUGCAGUCCGACCCCGAAGCAUACUACGUCACUGGUUCUAACGACAUGGGCCAGUUUGGAGACACUCAAACGCGCAGAUGCCAGGAGUUCAUUCGCAUGGCCACGCCAGGCCACACCUGGAAACGGGCUGCCGCAGGGUGGACGUUUUCUCUGCUCGUAGAUGAGCAGGACCAUGUUUACUCAUGUGGCCACUCCAACUUUGGAGGACUAGGACGAGGACAGGCAACCCCUACCAGCCGCAAGCUGGGCCGAAUCGAAGGUCUGCCUGAUAAAUCUAUUUCAGCCAUGAGCUGCUGCUUGGAGCAUGUCGUGGUACUGUACGACGAUGGAGAGGUCUGGGGAUGGGGAGGGGCACGCAAGGGCCAACUGGGACUCCUGAACGGGCCAGUGCGAUGCCUGUGGAUCCCCCGAAAGCUCGACCUGGGAGCCUGUGCUCCUUCUACCCCCACAGACGUCCAUUGUGGCCGGGAGUUCACAGUAGUGUCUAGUCGAAACACAGGCCACUUCGCCGUUCUGGGGACCGACAAGCACGGAAUUCAUACACUGUCGUGCGAACGAGACACAUACGAUCAACUGCACGCAAAGCACCUGUCAAUGGGCUACUUAUCGGUGGGAACUACAUGGACCUCGAUACACUUUCUGUUGCCCAACGCCCGCAUCUUGUCGUUGGGAAGCAACAGAAACUGCCAACACGCUCCCCGCGAAUUCAACUGCGAAUCUGCACCCGAGAAGGGAGAUCGGAAGAUCCUUCAAAUGGUUCCGGGAUCAGAACACGUUGUCGUCGAGGUGGAGGCCUGCUCCACGAAACAAAUUCUAGCAUGGGGAUGGGCCGAACACGGCAACUGUGGCAUCGUUGAUCAUACCACUGAAAACAUGAGCAUUGAAGAGCCCAACGAGAUUCUCGAGUGUGAUCCCGGAACCCGUCUGACUCUUUAUGCGGGGACAGCAUCUACCUGGUUGCAUUCUUGUUAG